CCGACAUUUGACACAAAGGGACGUGGUCAAACAGAGCGCUGGAGUUAAGAUUACACAGACUCAUCCAUGGAGACGAGAAGCUGCAGGCUGCACUCGGUGAAAAGCUCAUCUUCAGCCCAUUUCUAAACUGCUCAGAGAACAGGCAGCGGUGCAGUUUCCACAGCUUCUUCAGGGAGCGUGUGCUGAGGGGACCAUGCCUCUGUUCAGCUGGAUGAAAUGGCCUCACGAGACACCGAGACCGGCUCAGACCGGGACGCCGUCUCCCAGGGGCUCCGGGGUCGCUCCGAGCCGCAUGCUGAUCACGGAGCUCCUCUGGCACGUGGAGGAACGGGAGCGGCUGGCCAGGGAGGUGGAGCGGGAGCACAGGCUGGCCCACGACGCCCCGAGUCUCCACUGGUUCCAGAAGUACCCCAGGUUACGGACACUCAUCCCCUCCUCCGAGCUGCGCCAGCUGGAGUUCCUGUGCGCCCAGAUCCCGCCGGUCCACGCGGCCGCCGUCCUCUCCAGGUUUCGUGAGGUGCUUGCCUCAAACAACAUCCGGCCCUGGGAACUGUCGUCCGUCUUCAAGCAGGUGCUGAGAGACUUCCUGAGCCAGGAGGAGCCCCUCGAGCCGGACGACCUCCCGCUGCAGCGCGAAAACUCUACACCGAUGCAGACCUGGACCAGCCGCUACAAGAUGAAGCAGGGCUUCGUCACGCCCACCGUCCCACACUGUGGAGACCACCCCAGGGAGGAGAUCCCAACGGUCUCUGGGUACGUGGACCGGGCCAUGAGGAACUCCAGUUCGUUCGCAGGCCACAAAGACUGGGACCUUCCAUACUAUUAUCCAACGCCCCACAGGCCGAGAGAGACGCACAGCACUACGCUGUGA